UCGAUAUGGAUGCUUUGACUUCGACAGGGGCUGAGCGACUCUUUCGUGCGCUGUCCCACUUCAAACAGACCCUGGAACAACUCACUAUAUUCGAACAACUCCACAUUUCCUUUCCUUCACACAGCUCCGGAGUGUGCGACUCUGACUGUGAUUCCGGGACCUGCAUCUAUCUUGACAACAACCUUCUUCUGGAAGCCAUGUCCGCUUGGCCGCACAUCCACACUCUGAAAAUAGAAAACUGCGGCAUCCGUCCUUCUCCAAUACAGCAUACCUCCUUACAAACAUUGCACAUGGAAACACCUAGGUCUCACAUAGGAAAUGCGGAAGUUAUCGCUCGCAUCGUUUUCAAUUGGCUUCCUUGCGUCGACCAAGUCAACAAGGGCGUGGAUGAUUGGGCGCCUUGGUAUGAAAUCAAUGAACAUCUCGUAUCAUCGAGAGCCGUUGCGCCACAUGCCACAGGAGCUGCAUCGAAUACCUGUAUUCAAUGGGAUGUAUUCACGUUUGGGGAACAUCUGGAGUUACUACAUUUAUUCGUGUUCGUUCGUGUCGGUAUGGUGGUUUUAACUAUGGUUGCAAUUGUUUUCUCCCCUCUCACUGCCGAAUUGAUGCAUUACGUGGGUUUUCACGCCUUUCUGUUGUGGUCAUCCCCACCCACUCGUAUUAAUCACUCAAUUCAUGGAAAGUUACCGAACAGAUUCACAUCUUUGUCUGCAUAAUAUUAA